AUGGCCGCAGAAGGUGAGCUGCUGCAGAUGCAGAAUAUGGAGCAUUACAAAGCUGAGAUCGAGAGGCUCGCCAAGGAGCUAACCGAAACGACCCACGAGAAGAUCCAGGCUGCAGAAUAUGGGCUGGUGGUUCUGGAGGAGAAGCAGUCGCUGAAGCAGCAGUACGACGAGCUGGAAAGCGCCUACGAGACGGUCAAACAUGAGCUGGAACAGCUGAAAGAGGCAUUUGGACAGGCAUAUUCGAACCAUCGUAAAGUUGCAGAAGAUGGCGAGUCCCGUGAGGAGACUCUUCUACAGGAGUCUGCAUCAAAGGAGGCGUAUUACCUCAGUAAGAUUCUGGAGCUGCAGACAGAGCUGAAACAAGCCAGGACAGUUGUGGUCAAUGUCCAGUCUGAAAAUGAACGACUCAGUGCUGUUUCUUUGGACCUCAAAGAGAAUAAUGAAAUGUUGGAGCUGCAAAGAAUACGGAUGAAAGAUGAGAUUCGAGAGUACAAGUUUCGUGAGACGAGGCUCCUGCAGGAUUACACUGAGCUGGAAGAGGAGAAUAUCACUCUGCAAAAGCUCGUCUCGACCCUCAAGCAAAAUCAGGUAGAAUAUGAAGGCCUCAAACAUGAGAUUAAGCGCCUGGAAGAGGAGACCGUGCUACUCAACAGCCAGCUGGAAGAUGCUAUCCGGUUAAAGGAGAUUGCUGAACACCAGUUGGAGGAAGCCCUGGAAACCUUAAAGAAUGAGCGUGAACAGAAGAACAACUUGCGCAAGGAGCUCUCGCAGUACAUCAACAUGAGUGACAGCAUGUAUAACAACCACAUAAACAUCGCAGUUGAUGGGCUAAAAUUCUCAGAGGAUGGCAAUGAGCCGAAUAACGAUGACAAAGUGAACGGACACAUCCAUGGCUCUUUGGUAAAACUCAAUGGCGAUUACCGAACAUCAAGUACCAGAAAAACUGACAGCCCAGCUCUUGUCUCUGAUCUGUUCAGUGAGCUCAACAUUUCAGAAAUGCAAAAACUUAAGCAACAGCUUAUACAGGUAGAGCGAGAAAAAGCCAUUCUCUUGGUCAAUCUUCAGGAAUCACAGACACAACUGGAACAUACCAAGGGUGCGCUUACUGAGCAACAUGAGCGAGUUCACAGUCUAACAGAGCAUGUCAAUGCAAUGAGGAGGCUUCAGGUCAACAAGGAGUUAAAAACAAACUUGGAAAAUGAGAAAGGGCGGGAGUCUGGGGAAGAAACCCAUGAUUAUGAGGUGGACAUAAAUGGACUAGAAAUUCUUGAAUGCAAGUAUAAAGUAGCAAUCACUGAGGUAAUCGAUCUCAAGGCUGAACUCAAAUGCUUGAAAGAAAAAUACAACAAAUGUGUGGAGACAUACACAGAGGAAAAAACAAAGUAUGAAAGCCACGUGCAAGAGCUGGAUGAGCAAGUGAGCUGUCUGGAGAAAAUGAACAAAGAAUAUAAUGAAAAAAUAACACAUUUUGAAACGGAAAUUAAGACAUUGACAGACAUGGCAAAUGAGGGUCAUAAUACUCUCAACACAGCCCAGGAUGAACUAGUAACUUUUAGUGAGGAACUUGCACAGCUCUAUCACCAUGUUUGCUUGUGUAAUAAUGAAACCCCUAACAGGGUCAUGCUGGACUAUUACAGGCAAAGCAGGGUCACCCGCAGUGGAAGCCUGAAAGGACCAGAUGAUCCAAGGGGAAUUUUGUCUCCGCGACUUGCCCGACGAGGCAUGGCCUCACCAGUUGACUCAAGAAGCUCACCAGACCAUUCCUCAAAAGACAAAAUGGAGGCCAGUAAAGAAAAUGCACAACAGAGCCCAACAAAAAUGGUCAGCACUACUGUCUCUUCUAUAAUAACUGCCCCUCCCUCUUCCCCUGUCUCUGACAAUAACGACAUCAGAAAGGAGCCCAUGAAUAUCUACAACCUGAAUGCCAUCAUAAGGGAUCAGAUAAAACAUCUGCAGAAGGCAGUAGAUCGAUCUCUGCAGUUGUCACGACAACGGGCAGCUGCACGGGAGUUGGCACCAAUGAUCGAUAAGGACAAAGAAGUUCUGAUGGAAGAAAUCCUGAAACUGAAAUCACUGCUAAGUACAAAACGUGAGCAGAUAGCAACUUUACGGACAGUUCUGAAGGCCAAUAAGCAGACAGCAGAAAUUGCCCUGGCAAAUCUGAAGAGUAAGUAUGAAAAUGAGAAAACCAUGGUGACCGAGACAAUGAUGAAACUGCGAAACGAACUCAAGGCCCUGAAGGAGGAUGCGGCGACCUUCUCGUCCUUACGUGCCAUGUUUGCCACCAGGUGUGAUGAAUAUGUGACACAACUGGAUGACAUGCAGCGGCAGCUGGCAGCGGCCGAGGAUGAGAAGAAGACGCUGAACUCCCUGCUGCGUAUGGCGAUUCAGCAGAAACUAGCCCUUACGCAGCGGCUUGAGGACCUGGAGUUCGAUCACGAGCAGUCUCGGCGCAGCAAAAGCAAGCCAGGGAAAAGUAAAGUUGGCAGUCCUAAAGUAAGUGUGGAAGCGGUGGCAGGCAGCAUGCCUACUCCAGCUGCCAUAGACAUUCUGACACUGCUUAGUCAAGGCCCAGAGCAAUGA